UGUGUGAUCAACAAUGUUUCCAAAAAUAGAUCCAGCAACAAACAAUUUAGGGACAAUCGUUUAAUUGUGUUUGUUUAUGUGCAUCAAAUUUUUAUUUCUUAAAAAAAUGCGUUUUUUAUAAACGGUUUUCACGAUUAUUGCGAAAAAAAGCAAACAAAACGCAAAUUUAUAUGAAAUGAAUAUUAGAAACCUGUAUUCGUCAGCUACACUUAACAACCGAUAGGUGUCACUGCAUUCGUUAAACAAAACUAUGUACAGCGUGCUCCAAAUUUACGACAAAGUCCAGAUAUUUUUGGCAAAAACUGUAAAAUCGUAUCGUUGAACGACCUUACUUUGGAAUUUAAUGUUGUGUUUCAAAAAGAAUAGAAAAACAUGACGUUCAUUACGCAGAACUUAUAGUAACCUUGAAUUAAUUUUACUGAUAAUUUUGCGGUUGUAGACUUAUUAGCGUGGUUUUUAUUUACACCCACAAGCCUCCUCUUGGGAAUGAACUUUGAAAGCCAGUUCAUUUGCAGUCAUCUAAUCUGAGCAGCAGAUUGACAAUUGCGUAUUUGUUAAACUGUGUACAAAUACAGAAUCUACAGAAAUGGCUCAAAUUUUAAAAAAAGUUAAAUUUUCAAAAAUUUCUUUGUUACAUGUGCGACCAGCUUUUGUGCGGUUGUUUCCUUUGUGUUUAUUUGUGCAUGAUUGUAAAUGUAGACAAAUGAGUUUCAGAUCAGCGACCAGAACAUUAUUCCACAUGUCGGCUAGCCCUAAAGUGAUAAUUAUAGGGGCGGGUGCUGCCGGUAUAGCUGCUGCUUCUGUUCUCGUAGAAAAUGGAGUUAACGAUGUAAUAAUAUUAGAGGCCGAAAAUCGGAUUGGUGGCCGCAUUAACUCCGUGGAAUUCGAUGGUCGUACGGUAGAUCUAGGAGCACAAUGGUGUCACGGCGAAAAAGACAACAUUGUUUACAAGAUGACCAAAAAUUUAGACCUUUUGGGUUCAUCGGUCAACAACUACAAAGAUUUCACGUUUUACUCAUCAAAUGGUGAAGUUCUGGACAAAUCCCUUACCGAUGACUUCUGUGCAUUAGCCAAUAGUGUUUUCGAGAAUGAAGACCAUGCUUCGAAAUUCGGAGGGACAUUUGGACACUAUUUUAUUCACGAGUACACGAGGAACGUUAGCGAGAUCUUAUCAAAGAAACCGCGCGCGGAGGAAGUCUCUGAGUUGUUAUUAGAGUGGUUUCAUAAGGCUUGGAUGGGCUUGGAAGCUGCACAAGACUGGUUUUCCGUGUCUACUACAGGGCCGUAUCGCUACCAGGAGUGUGAAGGUGAUUUAUAUCUUCACUGGAAGAGUAAAGGCUAUACAACUAUUUUUGAUAUUUUAACUAAAAAGAUUCCUAAUCCUGUUAGAGAACUUCCGGUUAAAGAGAAAAUACUUUUCCGUAAAGAGGUAACCAAAAUAGUGUGGGAUUCGGGGAAUGACGUUACCGUCGAAUGCUCUGACGGUUCUUCGUAUACCUGUGACCAAUUGAUAGUGACUGUGUCUCUAGGGGUUCUAAAACAUAUGUUACACAAUUUUGUGCCACCUUUACCUGAUCAAAAACAAACAGCUAUUAAAUACAUGGCAUUUGGAAAUAUACACAAAAUUCUUUUAAAAUUUCCAAGUGCAUGGUGGCCCGCCGAUUCGAAAGGAUUUAGCUUUGUCUGGAACAAAGACGACAGGCAACAGAUCUUAAAAGACUUUGCUCAUGGACCUGUGAGCCAUGGACGGUUAUGGCUGGAAGAUAUCUAUGGUUUCUAUGUAAUCGAUGACCAGCCUAAUGUUCUUGUGGGAUGGCUGGUUGGCGAAAUGGUUGAAAAAGUCGAAAUGCUAUCUGAUGAUUUAGUAAUGGACGGAUGUAUGCAUCUUUUACGCAAGUUUGUCGGGAAAACGUUUGAUAUCACCCCACCGAAUGGAAUGUUGAGGUUUAACUGGAAAAACAAUCCCCAUUUUCGUGGUGCCUACUCAUAUAUGUCUCUAGAAACAGAAACAAACAAAAUUUCGAAUGAAGAUUUAGCUGAUCCUGUCAUUAAUAGUAAAAACAACAUCGUUUUGCUGUUUGCGGGAGAAGCUACUCAUUCUAAAUAUUACUCCACUGUUCAUGGGGCUAUUGAGACUGGAUUCCGAGAAGCAAAUCGAAUUAUAAAUAUUUACAAAUCUGCCAAGUUAAUUCAUCGUAAAGUGGCUAUUAUAGGCGCAGGAAUGGCUGGCUUAGGAGCCGCCACCACUCUGCUCAAGCUCGGAUGUUCCGAUUUCGCGCUAAUAGAAGCCCAGAAUAAGCCCGGGGGGCGCAUACACACCUUGAAGUUGGACGAUAACAUCCUCGAAUUAGGCGCUCAGUGGAUUCACGGCAGAGACAAUCCUCUGUACGAACUGGCUCGGGAGCACGACCUCCUGUCCGAAGUCACUUCCGAGGAAGGAUUAGGACUAUACAUUAGAGACAACGGAGAAGUUAUCGAUGGUGAUAUCGUCAAGAGAGUGGACUUCGAGGUCGGGCGGAUACUCGCAGAAUGCGAAGAGUUCCUCCGGGCGUCAGAUUACCCCAAUUCCGUGGGAGAAUACAUGGAAGCGAGAUUCGCCCAGUAUUUGCAGGAGUGUCAGGACUCAGACGACGUCAAAAAUAUUAAGCAGGACCUGUUCGAUUGGCAUGUACGGUUCCAGAUUAUCGAUAAUUCCUGCCGGGAUCUAAACCAGUUAUCGGCUAAAGGUUGGGGACAGUACAUCUGCAUAGAUGAUAAGGCACAUAUGAAUCUUAAAUGUGGGUUUGAUGAUUUAGUAGCAGUAUUAGUGGAUAGUUUACCGAAAAAUUCCCUCUUCCUGUCAACACCUGUUGCUGCAAUCCAGCGCGCCAGCUCGACCUUCGACACUAAUAGGAUAAUAUGUGAUAACGGCACUACAAUAACCUGCGACUACAUGAUUAUCACCCCUUCUCUAGGGGUCCUAAAGCGCCUAAAAAUCACCCCUCCGUUGCCGGCCGAACAUAGUCAAAGCAUCACCGAUUUGGGCUUCUACGGAAUCGGGAAAAUAUUCUUGGUGUUUGACCACAAGUGGUGGAGCGAAGAGGGGUUUCAGUUCGUUUGGGGGCGGAAUUCCCACUUAGAUGAUGAAAGUAGUUGGGUUAAAUAUAUUACAGGUUUUGAUCCAGUUGUGCACGGACGAAAUGUUUUGGUGGGUUGGGUUGGCGGCGAAGGAGUUAAAGUUAUGGAGAAUUUAAGUGAUGAAGAUGUUGGAAUUCACUGCACAAACUUAUUGAGGAGAUUCAUUUCCGACAGAACUAUUCCAAAUCCCAUCAAAGUUGUCAGAACGAGGUGGUGUUCAAAUCCCUGGGUCUUAGGAGGAUAUAGCCACAUCACUCCGGCUUGCGACCGAUCGGGCUCAGGAAUGCAUAAACUUUCAGAGCCCAUAUUUAUUGAUGGUAAACCACGAAUACUAAUAGCUGGUGAGGCGACGCAUCCUUCACAUUAUUCGACUAUCCAUGGCGCUUUCGAAUCUGGUCAGCAGCAAGCGAAAUUUUUGGCCCAGUAUUUAAUGAAAAAUUCGAAGCUGUAAAACUGUGCAAUAAAAAUUCUUCCGGAAA